AUGGAAAAAGUAAUUGAAGUAGUCAAAAAUAAUAAAUUAUUAGUUGCUGCAACUGUUACAGUUUCAGCUGGUAUCCUUUAUAAAACAAUUUCACUAAAUACAAAUAAACCAAUUUUUGAAAAAGAUGUUGUUUACGUUGCAGAUUUCCCAGGUAUAAAUAAAGAUUUACCAAGUUAUUCACCAUUUGUUUUAAAAGUGAUAUCAAUAUUAGAAUAUUGUAAUAUUAGAUAUGAAAUUAAUACAACUGGUGAUUUAGGACCAAAUCCAAGAAAAACAUUCCCAUACAUUCGUUAUAAUGAUGAAUUCGUUUAUGAUAGUUAUUUCAUUUUAGAAUGGAUUUCACAACAAUUUAAACAUGUGACACCAAAAAUGCAACAAUCCAUCGGUAGUGGUGGUGGUAGCGGUGAAAUGGAUCAAGCAAUUGACCAUAUCACAAAACGUUUCAUUGAUCAAGCUUUUACAUAUUUAUCAGCAUACAUCCGUUGGGUCGUACCUGAAUAUAAUGAAAAAAUAAUUCCAAGACUUUUAUCAAGUAUUCAAAAUCCAAUUUUUAGAUCAUUUGCUCAUAAGGCUAUAAACCAAGUGUCAAUUCAAAAAUAUAAAACCCAAGUUGGUAAUUUCAGUUUAGAUGAAGUGGUUUCAGUUUUCAAAUCAGAUUUAAACUCACUUUCAAAUUUAUUAGGUUCAAAAACUUUUAUUUUUGGUGACCAUUUAUCAAUGGCAGAUAUCUCAUUAUUUUCAACAUUGGCUCAAAUUUAUUAUGUACCAGUUGAUACUCCAAUUCGUUCAAUACUUUUUGAAAAUCAAAAUUUACUUAACUAUAUUCAAAAUGUUAGAUCUUUAAUUUUCUCUGAUGCAAAAUGGGAAUUAUUAAAACAAUAA